AUGAGUGAACAACACCAAGUCACCGGGCCAGCCCCUGCUACAAAGACUCUCACGGCCUGUUGCUACUGCAAAGCCGUCUACUUCGCCCUCACCCUGCCCACCUCCUCCCUACCCCUCAAAGUCCACCUCUGCCACUGCAGCAUCUGUCGCUACACCCACGGAACCCUCUGCAUUUUCCACGCGCCCCUCCCGUCCGGGGUAUCCCCCUCUUUCGUCGCCCCGUCUUCGCUAUCAUCCUCUCUCACGGCCUAUCGCCACGCGACGGCCUCGAGCACGCGGUACUUUUGCAGUACGUGUAGCUGCCACAUCGGAGACGUGGGCGUCGACGACGACGAGUGGGUUAUUUCGGCGUCCAUCUUUGACGCGAACCAAGAUGAUGUACCCUCCGUCUGGGAUAUCCGGUCUCACGUCAACACGGCUUCGUCGCCGGGCGGGGGUUUAUAUGAAUGGCUUCCAGUGGUGAACGGCAAAGAGAUGAACAUUUGGAACCCCAAGAAGGAUGAAUCUGAAGCCGCAACGUCGACGACAACAAACGGGCGAGAAGUCGGCGUAGACGGCGAAGAGGUCCUCCGCGCGCAGUGUCACUGCGGCGGCGUCUCGUUCACAAUCUCCCGCCCCAAGGCCUCCAUGCUCGAGGAUAAAGCCUACGAGGCCUGGCUUUCACCCGUCGACUCCCGAAAGUGGCCAGCUUGCCUAGACGCUUGCGACGACUGCCGUCUGCAAACGGGUGUUCACGCCAUCGGCUGGGUCUGUAUUCCCGAGAGCUGCAUCACGCCUUCCGUGCCCGAGGAUCUUCAGCUCGGCGGGACGGCCAAGACGUUCAAGUCGUCCGAGAGCGGCGCCUGA